CGUCGUCGUUGGUGUUGAUGCUGCCUUCAUAAUCACUAGUGUUGAUUUCCUGCCUUUGUAAGUGGACCAUCUUUGUAUUAAUAUAAGUAUUACUACAUUUUGUUAACAGACUCUAUGAAGCUUCAGUUCCGAUCAAGCAAUUUCACAGAAGAUGGACAAAAGUUCAUCCUUGAUGUAGGCGAUGAACUGAAAACGGACGCCAAGGUACAAGAAGUCAAAGAUGCGCCGAUAUAUGUGGCUAUUACCGGCCCGAACGUUAUUCCGUAUUGUGGUGACUUCGAACUGUUCGCACACUAUUCAUGGUCUAACGGCGUACCUGAAGUUUUCCAAUGGGCCGUUCAACGAAACGACAGCAUAAAGAUUAGUGAUAAGGAUCCCUUAGGCAUGGAGAUCAAACGCACAAGCGGAUCCACGUUGAAUCUUGCUUCGGAACUUUUCGAUUAUGGCGUCCGGUACACAUUUACACUCAAGGUCGGACAAGGGAAAAAUGCGGGGGAAGCAAGCCACCAGCUAAUUCGGCAUGAGAAUCCAGGCCCGAUGGUACUUCUUUAUAGUACGACAAUGCUUCAGCUCGAACCCGUGACCGUCUCGCAGUCCGAUAUCAUCAUUUAUGUCGAGACAAUCAUCCCUGAUACGGAGCGCUGCCCAAAUGAUACGUUCCAUGAAAUCAAAUACUCCUGGCGAGUUGAUAGGCCGGACGUCAAAUUGGACCCUUGUAGUCUCGACAGCGGUACAGUCUAUCGCGUACAGCCAUACGCACUACCACCGAACGCAAACGUAACCUUCACAAUACGCGCGUACAUGUACGAGAUUCGUGAUAAUGGAGCGGAAACCAUUCACCAGCUGGAGUUUCAUUCCGAGUCGAGUGUAUCAAUAAAAGUAGCGCCUGCAAAGCUCCAGGCGGUACUGCGGGGAACUCCGCAACGUGAAGUCGGCGACGGAACGGCAUCGAAUCACUACUCGUUGAUCGUGGACGCAUCGCCGUCGAGUCACCCCACGAUACCAGUCUCCUAUCUUUGGAGCUGUAUCGAUGAUAAGCAACAGCCGUGUUACGACUUCGGUCCUCGGGCAACUUCAGAGUUGCUUGUUGAUCCAACAAUUCACAAUGGGCCCGUGCUGAACAUCAGUACCGAAGGACUUCAGCCUCACCAAACCCUGAAUUUUUCCGUUACCCUUUACCGAGCAGACAAUGGAAGCGCCACAGAACCGUCAACGGCUUUCGUAAUUGUCAACACACUCGACCAUAUCGCUCCAAUGGCAUGGUUACAUGAGGUACGCGUUCGCGAUAGUCCUGUAUACGAAAUCGAUAAAGCCAAUGGAGCGUUUGUCAUCCCCGCCGGACAACCUGUCGUGCUGCACGUCAAAUUUCGCUUCGUGCAUAUCAAUCGAGUGCAAACACAUUGGGACGUCGACGGAUUUCCGACCAGUCAUGGAGCGAUCGGGUUUCGAUCGGGUCACGAGGGUGAUUCGUUCCUUUCGCUGCCUGAAGGGUCAACAAUUGCCCAUGGACAAUACCGAAUCAAAAUGCGUAUUUGUGAAGGGGCUCAACAUUGUACGCACUUGCGGAUCAGCCUCUUCGCUAAACCAGGUGUUUCCCUGUGCAGAUUGACCCUGCCUCUGUUCGAGGAGGUUUUAGAGGCGUACAACCGUUCGGAGGCUCACGUUUUAGGGUGUUCGAUUCCUCUCGCUAUUCAUCCACUCACUUAUCAAUUAUUCGUUCAACGAGAGAACAAUAGUUGGAUACCUGUAUCGACCGUUCAGCAUUCACCACUAAUUCCAUUUUACGUUCCAUUGCCUAUUCAGAAUCAGACCACUUUGGCUGUGGCCGUUUGUGAUCGGUUUGAGCAGUGCUCCUAUUUUUACAACAAAUCUGUUCCCACAGUGGAAAGCUAUAAUGAAACAUACAGUAAUCAAGAGAUGUUCGCCAACAUACAUCGGCUCGUUGCUGCAGAACGUCACCUUGAAGCAGCUGCAAUUCUUGUUUCGAUAUCCCUAGGUAGGGAUCAUCUUAACGAAUCAACGUUAACUCCGGCGGAGAAAAGAGAGAUCUUUGAAAGCAACGAACAACUCCUGACGUCGGUAUUUGUAAGCACGUCAAAAAAGGAUCUCUCACCUGGAGAGAUUAAUCUUAUGUAUGAAUGCAUGAAACUAGUCAUGCGCGGGGGGAAUGUCGACCAAAAGGCAGGAGCUAUCGAAGCCACUGGCGCAAUAACUGAUCAGGUUCUUUAUAACAAAAUUGAGGUAACUUUAAUAGCAAUGGAAGAAGCUUAUAAGGCCGUUAGGCGUUGUGGCCAGCAACAGAAGCAUGAUCCCCAAAUAAAGCGGAACGUCGAAUACGCCCAGAAAAUUAUCGAAACUGUAAUCGCUUCUCGACUGCCUAAGGGUCAAUCCGUGCGAAUCGUGUCGGAUAUAACGACAAUUAUUCAGCAUCGCUUUACAACACGAGAGCCAAUCAUAUUCCCCAAUACGGCGCCCACCAACUCCUCGAGACAGGGCGUACCUGACGCGGUUAUUCACUUCAAAAAAAAUAUCAAUAACAUGUUCAAUAACUGGCAAUGUGGCAGUUCGCCUAAGGAGCCCAGAAUAUGCAACGCGGUCGUGGUUGUGGUUAACAUUUACCCGUACAACCCGUUUUCUGAUUCUACCCGGGGCACUAUGAUCUCGCCGGUAGCAUCGAUUACCUUCCGAAAGCCUGACACAGGUGAAGAACACAAAAUUAGCGGGGUUAAGGAUGCAAUACACAUUUACUUUCGGCAAACGGCGAACUUCACGAAGACCGCGGGGUAUAUCUCCUCGUGUUAUCGCUGGCACGAAAGGAAUGAGGAAUGGGACACAGAAAUGGUAAAGCUGCUUGGCACCGUCAGUAAUGUGAUACAAUGUGCCACCGAGGGUACGGGUUCUUUCAUGGUCUUCAACGAGAAAGAAGGCCUGUCCACAGCAGCGAUCGCCGGAAUCGUCGUGGCCUGCCUAAUGUUCGUAUUCAUUGUGGCGGCUGUUAUGAUGUUUAUGAUGCACAAGAAACAACAGGAGGCCGCCUUGAAAAGCGUUCGGUCUAAUGGCCAUCACGCCUCGAAGAUUUCAGCUGCCGGCAGUCAAGCGAAGGGCAAUGCAGUUGCUCCAUUAAGUUAAAGAAUUGUCGGAGAA